CGCGCGGUGAGGUUCUCUAGUGCGCGCUCGCAGCCAUGCAGUCCAAGGGACCGCCGCAGUCGGUGCAGGUCUUCGGACGCAAGAAGACAGCCACAGCUGUGGCGCACUGCAAACGCGGCAAUGGUCUCAUCAAGGUGAACGGGCGGCCCCUGGAGAUGAUUGAGCCGCGCACGCUACAGUACAAGCUGCUGGAGCCAGUUCUGCUUCUUGGCAAGGAGCGAUUUGCUGGUGUAGACAUCCGUGUCCGUGUGAAGGGUGGUGGUCACGUGGCCCAGAUUUAUGCUAUCCGUCAGUCCAUCUCCAAAGCCCUGGUGGCCUAUUACCAGAAAUACGUGGAUGAGGCUUCCAAGAAGGAGAUCAAACACAUCCUCAUCCAGUAUGACCGGACCCUGCUGGUAGCUGAUCCUCGUCGCUGCGAGUCCAAAAAGUUUGGAGGCCCCGGUGCCCGGGCUCGCUACCAGAAAUCCUACCGAUAAGCCCAUCAUGACUCAAAAUUCACCUGUAUAAUAAACAGUUUUUGAGGGAUUUUAAA